AUGGAUGAACAAAGAAUUGCCAACGCCUACCGCUCAAAGCGUCUUGUCUACCGCGCACCGGAAAACAACGACGAAGACAAAGUAUUCCUCUCCAAGCACUUCGACAACAACCCCGUCAGUGCCGCCCUAGCAGAUCCCCAGCUUCUCAAACCACGCGACAAGAAAAGCGCAGAGGAUCUCCUCACCUUUAUGAAAGACUCCGUCAUGACGUGCAUAAUCAGCCUAUCGCCCGACGAAGCCAAAAAAUACGACAGCGAGAAACCAGACCCUAUUCCCAUCGGCUUCAUCGUCCUUGGCCUCGGUGGUAGAAAGGCGCAUCACCGCAAUGCGGGUAUAGGCAUCAUGCUCGCGGAGGCGUACCAGAACAAAGGCUACGGCGGGGAGAGUAUCAAUUGGAUGCUCGAUUGGGCUUUCCGUCAUGGGGGCUUUCAUCGUGUGGGGAUUCAGACGUUUGGAUUUAAUGAGCGUGCGCAGCAUUUGUAUAAAAAGCUGGGGUUCGUAGAGGAAGGACGGAGUAGAGAGGCGAUUUGGCAUGAUCGGAACUGGUAUGAUAUGGUGGAGUUGGGAAUGCUCGAGAGUGAGUGGAUGACUCUACGAGGUCUUGAGUAA